UCUUUUUCUUUUAAAUAACAAUAUACCAUGAAGAGAGAACACGAUGACAUUGGAGAAGAUCCUAUUUUAAAAAGAUAUAAAAAACAAGACGGCUCAGUUGAAACGAUAAAUAACACCAAUGCUUCACCUGCCUGGUCCACAGCAUCUUCUACAUCACCGGCUUAUCGUACAAAACAUCAGCGUACAUUUCAUGGCUGUUCAAAGAUUACAGAGUAUGAAUUUUUAGACAAGUUAGGAGAAGGCACAUUUGGUGAAGUGCAUAAAGCAAGAAACAAACGUACUGGUGAAUAUGUAGCGUUAAAGAGGAUAUUGAUGCAUAAUGAGAAAGAAGGGAUUCCUAUAACAGCAAUGAGAGAAAUAAAAAUUUUGAAGCAACUACAAAAUAAAAACGUGGUACCUUUAAUUGAUAUCGCUGUGGAUAGAGGAAAUCCUACAAAGAAAGAAAAAGGUUCCAUCUAUAUGGUAUUCCCUUACAUGGAUCAUGACUUGGCAGGUCUAUUAGAUAACCCCAGUGUUCGUCUAUCACAACCACAGAUCAAAGCUUACCUAAAACAACUAUUGGAAGGCACAGCGUAUCUGCAUCAUAAUAAAAUCUUACAUAGAGAUAUGAAGGCUGCCAAUUUACUCAUCGACAACGAAGGUGUCCUUCAGAUCGCAGAUUUUGGUCUUGCUCGUGGCAUUGAAGGUGAAAAUAAAGAGUAUACCAACUGCGUUGUCACCCGAUGGUACAGACCGCCAGAGCUGUUACUCGGCGAGAGAAGAUAUACCACUGCCAUUGAUAUGUGGGGGGUUGGAUGUGUGUUUGGUGAACUACUCAAGUCAAGGCCCAUCCUUCAAGGACAAGAUGAUAUUGACCAACUUGUCAAAAUAUUUGAACUCUGUGGAUCUCCUAAUGAUGAAAAUAUGCCUAAUUGGGAGCAAUUACCUGAUGCGAAAAAGAUCAAAUUCGAGCCAAGUGAGAGAAGAGUGCUUGAGGAAUAUUCAAAAUAUGAUCCAUUGGCAGCAGAUUUAUUAGACAAGCUGUUAGUAUUAGACCCUGCAAAGAGAUUGACUGCUCUAGAAGCGCUUGAACAUGAUUACUUCUACUCGACUCCUUUACCUGCUAAACUCUCAGAGAUGCCCAAAUAUGAAUCGAGUCAUGAAUUUGAUAGGCGAAAGAAGGCUCAAUCCAAGAAAAACUAUUGAUUUAAAUAAAGAUAUACGCAAACAAAAUAGAAAUGAUA